UCAGGGUCUGCGUCUCUGUUAAAGGGGUGGAUUUUUGCAUCAGUGCCUGUUUAUGCACUUAGAGUUGAACAUAGUUCAUCAUGAGUCCUGGGAUCCAGAUGUGGACGCUGUGCGUCUUCCUGAGCUGGACGUGUGUGGUUCCAGCACUGGGGGAGCUGCAGUACAUGGUAGCUGUUCCUGCCGUUCUUGAAGCUGGAGCUGAAACCAGGUUCUGUGCGAGUCUCCUAAAGCCCAACAUGAACGUAGUCAUGACCGUGACUUUAAGAUCUGAGAGAGAAAACACAACCCUUUUCAGGCAGACGUCCAAUGAGGAGUUUCACACCUGCUCUCAGUUUAAAGUUCCUUUAGUGCAGAAUCCAGAGGUUCAGAGGUUUGAGGUGGAGGUACGAGGUGAUGGCUUUUAUUCCAAAAGAGUCCAAAAAGUUAUGAUCAAAGUCUAUCAACCAAUGACUUUCAUCCAAACAGACAAACCGAUCUAUCUGCCUGGACAAACAGUGCAUUUUCGAGUUGUCUCGCUGGACAUAAGGUUCAGACCUGCCAACCAGCUGUACGAUGCCAUUUACUUGGAGGAUGCCCAACAGAACCGGAUUGGACAGUGGCUGAAUGAAACAUCCAACAGUAAAAUCUUGCAGCUUUCUUACUCCCUGAAUUCUGAGGCUCGUGAGGGAACCUACACAAUCACAGUGUCAAUCGGUGGAAAUAAAGUGUAUCACUGGUUUAAGGUGGAAAAAUAUGUUUUGCCCAAAUUUGAUGUGAAAAUAAAUUCAGUUGAUGAAGUUUUUAUUAAACAGCAAGAAUUUAAAGUUGAAGUUUGUGCUAAGUACACGUAUGGACAGCCUGUGCCCGGAAGCGUUGAGGUCGUAGCGUGUCGACCUCUCGAGUCGUCUUUUAGAAGUCCUGUUGUUGUUACCCCUGAACAUCCAGAGGGAAUCCCAGCAAUAACUGCUCCGUGCUACAAAGACACACAGCAGCUGAACAGAAAAGGCUGCAACACGUUCACCUUCAGGAUGUCGGCUUUCACGACAGUCGAUAACAUUAUACUGACAGAUGUACUGUCCCUCAGUGCCAAAGUGAAGGAGGAGGGCACAGAUAUUACCAGCCUGAUAGAGAAGAAUGUACAGAUUUCUUAUGUUGUUGGAAAAUUAUCCUUCGUUGAUACACCCACGAUUUUUGAACACGGGUCAGAUAUGAAGGGAAAAGUUAAAGCAAUGAAUCAUAAUAAUGAACCCAUUGCUGACAUGACACUGUACCUGUUUGGGGGGGAAAGGUGGUUGACAACCCUGCUACAAAUUCUGACAACUAACAGCGAUGGUGUCGCCUCUUUUUCAUUGAACACGACGAACUAUAGCACGGACAUCGCCCUUCAUGUUGAUGACAAACCAAAACGGCAUUCGGGUGCCCCUAGAACCCCAUCGUAUAUAGAUGGAGAUCACUGGUUGUUCCGGGUGCAGGAUGUUUCUCCUGUCAUUAAAACAUUUAGCUCCCUGGAGGUGAAGAACAAAGAUAAACCACUUCCCUGUGACACAGAGGAGGACGUUUUCAUUCAAUACACUGUGGUUGGAGAGAAAAAGGGAAACGUGGAUGUGAUGUAUCUGGUUUUAUCCAGAGGAGUCAUCAUUAUGCAAGGACAUAAACAAGUUGAGGUGCAGAGUAAACAAGUGAAUGAGGGUGAGGUGUCCUUUAAGAUCAAAGUUUCUCCAGAGAUGGCACCAAUAGUCCAUGUUGUAGCUUACGCCGUUCUCCCCAGUGAGAGAGUGAUCGCCACGACUGCCAGGUUCUCCACAGAGAAAUGCUUCGCUAACAAGGUGUCGUUGGAGUUCUCUCCGUCCUCAGCUGUUCCUGGAGAGGAGACCACCCUGAAGGUGACGUCUGCACCUGAUUCUCUGUGUGGCGUCAGCGCUGUUGACCAGAGUGUCCUCAUUAAGGAGCCAGGGGAGAGUCUGGAUGCAGAUAAGAUAUUCAGCUUGUUGCCUGUCGAGAUCGACUUUCCUCAUGAAGUUGAAGAAUCAGAAUGUCUGACGUUAAGGGAAAGAAGAUCUGUAUUUUAUCACAGAAUUGGCAAAGACGACGCCUAUCCAGUUUUUAAAGGCGUAGGACUAAAGAUGGCAACUAAUUUGUUGAUUCGAACGCCUACAUGCAUCAACUUUAAAGGAUUAGAAUAUUACCAUUUACGCGGAGAACAUGGACGGCCUGGUUUAGCUAGAGGUUUUGGUCAUCCUCCACCAGUAGUGACAGUCCGCACUUUCUUUCCUGAGACCUGGAUAUGGGACCUGGUGCAUGUGGGAGAGUCUGGACAGAAGGAUGUGUCCCUCACGGUCCCAGACACCAUCACCACCUGGGAGACGGAGGCUUUCUGUUUGUCCCCUCUGGGUUUUGGUUUGGCUCCUCGUAAACAGAUCACGGUCUUCCAGCCCUUCUUCCUGGAGCUCACUCUGCCCUACUCCAUCAUCCGGGGGGAGAACUUUGAGCUGAAGGCGACUGUCUUCAACUACCUCAGCAGCUGCAUCAUGGUCACUGUGACUCCUGCCCCGUCUCCACAUUACACCCUCACUCCUCUCUCUGGUGACCAGUACACGUCCUGUCUGUGUGGCAGCGAGCGUAAAACCCUCAGCUGGACCAUGGUCCCGUCCAGUCUAGGGACAGUAAAUGUGUCUGUCAGCGCUGAGGCUGUAGCGUCUCAUGCUACAUGUGACAAUGAGAUAGUGAGCGUUCCAGACAGAGGUCGUAUCGAUGUGGUCACCAAAUCUCUGAUUGUAAAGGCUGAAGGAACUGAGAUAGUGAAGGCCUACAACUGGCUGCUCUGUCCAAAAGGAGAGGCUUUAAAAGAGGAAGUAGAACUGCAGCUCCCAGAGAAGGUGAUUGAUGGAUCUGCUCAAGCUUCAGUGUCUGUUCUAGGCGACAUCCUGGGCCGAGCCCUGCAGAACCUGGAGGGACUCCUGCGGAUGCCGUAUGGAUGUGGGGAGCAGAACAUGGCUCUUCUAGCUCCCAACAUCUACAUCCUCCAGUACCUGAAGAACACACAGCAGCUGAGCCCAGACAUCAACAAGAAGGCGACAAACUUCCUCAGCAGUGGUUACCAGAGGCAGCUGAACUAUAAACACAGUGAUGGAGCUUACAGCACAUUUGGAUCAGGACCAGGAAACACUUGGCUCACAGCGUUUGUGAUGAGGUGUUUUUCUAAAGCUCAGUCCUUCAUCUACAUUGACCCAACAAAGAUUAAAGAGUCUAGGACCUGGCUGAUAAGAAAACAAAAAACAAGUGGCUGCUUUGAACAGUCUGGACACCUUUUUAACAACAGAAUGAAGGGUGGAAUCUCUGAUGAAGUAACUCUCAGUGCUUACAUCACUGCUGCCUUCUUGGAGAUGAAUACAUCAGCUGAUAGUCAGGUGAUAACAAAGAGCCUGUCCUGCCUCAAAGAGUCCAUCAGUGACCUCAGUAACACCUACACUACAGCUCUGCUGGCCUACAUCUUCACUCUGGCAGGAGACAUGGAGACUCGUUCUCUCCUUCUGCAGCACCUGGACAAAGUCGCAUCCAAAGAAGGAGGUUUCCUCUACUGGUCUCAGAGCUCAGUAGAAACUUCAGCCUCUCUGUCUGUGGAGAUCAGCUCCUAUGUGUUACUGGCCAAACUCAGUGCCUCACCUACAGCUGAGGACCUGGGCUACUGCUCCAGUAUCGUUAGGUGGCUGACGGGGCAGCAGAACCAGUAUGGAGGCUUCUCCUCCACCCAGGACACAGUGGUGGCUCUCCAGGCUCUGGCUCUCUACUCCGCUCUGGUGUUCAGUCCAACAGGUUCCAGCACAGUGACGGUCCAGUCUCCCAGUGGCCAGCUGACAUUUGAUGUGAACCAGAACAACAAGCUGCUGUACCAGGAGAAGACGCUGCAGGACACAACAGGAAAGUACAGCCUGGAGGUGAAGGGGAGUGCGUGUGCAUCAGUACAGAUUUCGCUGCAGUACAACAUCCCCACUCCCACUGAUGUCACCACCUUCAGUGUGGAGGUCACACCAGAGGUCGACUGCACCAUCAAAGCUCACAGACCCAAACUCAGUCUGAAGCUGAAAGUAGUAUACAGAGGAAAGUUUAAAAGCACCAACAUGGUGAUCCUGGAUAUCAAGAUGCUCUCUGGGUUUGUCCCAGAGCCAGAGUCUCUGAAGAGCCUCAAACGUGCAGACUUUGUGGAUCGUGUUGAACAAGAGGAAGAUCACGUUCUGGUGUAUUUUUCAGAGUUAGUAAAGGAAACGCCACACAACCACCACCUGGACCUUGUUCAGGAGAUCCAAGUCCAGAACCUGAAGCCGGCUGUGGUCAAGAUCUACGACUACUACCAGCCAAGUGACCAAGCAGAGACAGAAUACAUCUACACUUGUGCUCCACAGUAAUCUGGAUAUUUACAUGGUAGAGCAGGAAAAAUUUUCCAAGUUCUUCAUAAUAUAGUAUCUUUAAAUAGGCUGAGACAUAAUAACUAUCAGAUCAAUUGAAUGUGUCAUUUCUCAUUAAUUAAACUCAGCAAAUGUAGUGUGUUCAGUGUUCAGGUAAAACUGACCUGAACAUCCGUUUAAGAAGCUGUAUUAUUAAAAUGCUGACCUUCUUUGUUUGUAAACAAAUGGUUUCUGCUUCAUUUCCUUCAAAAUGCAAUGAUCGUCUUUAAGCUUCAUUAUGGACGUCCAGGAUUAACCAUGCCAAUAAAAGCAUUCAGCAUGAA